AUGGAUAAAGAAAACCACUCAGUGGUGACUGAAUUUAUCUUUAUGGGUAUCACUCAAGACCCUCAGCUACAGAUCAUCUUCUUUGUGGUUUUCCUCCUGGUCUACCUGAUCAACGUAGUGGGGAAUGUUGGCAUGAUUAUCCUGAUCAUAACAGACUCUCAGCUUCACACACCCAUGUACUUUUUCCUCUGCAACCUCUCUUUUGUCGACCUGGGCUACUCCUCAGCCAUUGCCCCCAGGAUGCUGGCUGACUUCCUGACAACACGCAAAGUCAUCUCUUUCUCCAGUUGUGCCACCCAGUUUGCUUUUUUUGUUGGUUUUGUGGAUGCUGAGUGCUAUGUCCUGGCUGCUAUGGCCUAUGAUCGUUUUGUGGCCAUCUGUCGACCCCUCCACUACAGCACGCUCAUGUCCAAGCGUGUCUGCUGGGCUCUCAUGUUGGGCUCGUACUUAGCUGGUCUGGUGAGUUUAGUAGCCCACACAUCCCUUACCUUCAGUUUGAGUUACUGUGGUUCCAAUAUCAUCAACCACUUCUUCUGCGAAAUACCACCACUCUUGGCCCUCUCUUGCUCGGACACCUACAUCAGCGAGAUAUUGCUCUUUAGCUUGUGUGGUUUCAUCGAAUUCAGCACAAUCCUCAUUAUCUUCAUCUCCUAUGCAUUUAUUCUCGUUGCAAUCAUCCGCAUGCGCUCAGCGGAAGGUCGCCUAAAGGCAUUCUCCACCUGUGGGUCUCACCUGACUGGUGUCACCCUGUUCUAUGGCACAGUUAUGUUCAUGUAUCUCAGACCAACCUCCAGCUACUCCCUCGACCAAGACAAGUGGGCAUCUGUGUUCUACACUAUUAUCAUCCCCAUGUUGAAUCCUUUGAUCUACAGUUUACGCAACAAGGAUGUAAAAGGUGCAUUUAAAAAACUCAUUGGAAGAAAAUCCUAA